UUAACACGUGGAGCUUUGACUUCACUUGAAGCACCUGAGGUUGACGUCUGAUGACAUCACAGAUACAAAGUAACCAGAGUUUUUAAAAAUACCCGUUUUAUUGAUAUAAAACUCACAACAACCUUCGGUCGAGCUCUCUGAUUGGUCACUAGUGUCCAUCAACGUGUAUCAUCCAAUACCUGGACAGAGUGAAUGAACACGGAGUCUUGAGGGUUUUUGUCGUCCUGCAGGUUCAGGACCCGGUAAACCUGUUGCCAUGGAAACCUUCGGGAGGCAGCGGUCGUCCUCUGACCCCCCCAACCCUCAAACCCCCGAGAGGAACUCCUCCAUGUACGUGCUCCCAGUAGCUCCUCCCCCUCCAGUAAACAAGAGGUCCAGCAUGUUGGAGACCAAGACCAUGUCAGCCAGGAACACCCCCCUCCCCCCUCUGCCUCCCCCACUAGCAGCAGGACUCCCCCCGGUUCCUCCAGUCCCACCAGCACCCACCAUCCCAUCGCCACCCCAUUACAAAGCUCCGCCCCUCCCACCACCAGUCCCCCUUCACCAGACCACCAGACCACUGGGACCACCAGGACCACCGGGACCCAAGUCCCCUAAAUCACCCACCGGAUCAGUGAAGUGUCCUCCACAGAGACCUCCUCUCAGGACCGCAUCAGUGGACAAACGAGGGUCACAGGCCAGAUCCCCACAGAGCUCCAGUCCUCCAACACCCAAACCCAGAAGCACCUUCUCCAAGCAGAAGCUGAAGAGGGUGAAGGCCAUCUACAACUGUUCAGCUGAUAAUGCAGACGAGCUGACGUUCACAGAGGGGGAGGUGAUCGUGGUGGAGGGGGAGGAGGACAGCGAGUGGUGGUUCGGUCACGUUGAAGAAGAUGCCACCAGGCGAGGAGUGUUUCCUGUCACCUUCGUUCACUUCAUCACAGAGUGACAGCAGGUGUGACACGGAGAGAAGCCCCGCCCCCUUGUAGAGAGGAAACACCCAGACUCACAGAGAUCCACCUGAACCGCAACACAAACCAGCUUGAGACUCCGUCUUCACAAUCCUUCUGUUUCUGUCUCUGUUCAAACUCACACAACUUUAUUGUAAAUUCUGACAAAGUUCACAAAUGAAUUCUAAACCCAGCAGACUCUCCUGGUUCACAUUAGUUCAGACAGGAAGUCAUCAUAUUACUGUGGUCCAACAGGAAGUCAUCAUAUUACUGUGGUCCAACAGU